AUGAAGUUAUUAUUGGUCGUCUGUUUGUGCAUUACCUCGACGCUGGCAAAGGAAGAAGUGCAAUUGAUCUCCAAUGAAGCCAUGGUGGAAUAUGAUGGAAAAUUCCACUACCAUUACGAACUCGGCGAUGGCUCGAAGGCCUCACAAGACGGCGUUUUGAAGAAGGUGGACGCAGAGCAUGAUGGCGAGUCGAUCGAGGGCAAAUUCGCUUUUGUCGCCGAUGACGGCAAGGAGUACUUGGUGUCGUACAUAGCUGAUGAGAAUGGCUACCAGCCGGUGGGCGCACACCUUCCAACACCACCACCAGUGCCCGAAUCGGUGCUGAAGACUUUGAAGUACUUGGAAGAGCAUCCCUAUAACCCAGAAGCGGCGGCGAAAAAACACUAA